CAUACUUGUCACAUACAUACAUAUCACAUACUUGAUAUCCAUCAAAAUUCUGGAUUGAAAUGAUAAAAUUAUUAUAAAACAUAAUGAUUUGACUAUAUCUGCGCCAUUGACACAUCGUUACUUAAUACAUGAGUAAAUUUAGUAAAUUUUAACUAAAUGAUAUUACGUAUAUUUCUUUUAAUUUACAAGAAACCAUUCUGAUAUUUGCAUUCCACUGUUUCGACAUAUAUAAAGUAUAGAAAUUUCAAGUUAUGAUUUUACAUUCGAGGAUCCUAAAUCAUCUGAGAAAUAGAUCUUUAUCACUGACCUCAACUGUUUUUAUCCAGCACAAUGUUGAACCAUUUAGACAGUACUCUUUUUAUAAAGAGCAGUAUGUUAAACGAAACAGCAAUUCUUAUGCAAAAUAUACGGUAUAUAUUGCAAUUACCACAUCCGUAUUAGGCUUGUGUUAUUACACAUUUUAUAAACAAGUCCAUGCUUUGAAUAAGAAACCUAUUUCAUGCGGAGAAUUCAGAGCAGACUUAAAAACAUACAACUUGAAAGAAGUGGGCAAACAUUAUAAUAAAGAGAAUGGUAUUUGGGUAAUGUUUAAGCAAGGAGUAUAUGACAUAACAGAUUUUAUUGAAAAACACCCAGGUGGUUCUUCUAAAAUAAUGAUGGCAGCUGGCAGUUCAAUUGAACCAUUUUGGUCAAUUUUUGCUAAUCAUAAUAGAGAAGAAAUAUACGAGCUCCUUGAAUCAAUGAGAAUUGGAAACGUAUCAGAGGAUGAUGUAAUUUCUAAUGUAAUUAAUGACGAUCCAUACUUGAAAGAACCGAAAAGGCAUAAAAUUCUAAAGAUAAAUGGGCAGAAACCCUUUUGCGCUGAACCACCACCUUCGUUAUUAAUUGAAAGUUUCAUUACCCCAACGGAAUUAUUUUAUGUAAGAAAUCAUCUUCCUGUUCCUGAGAUAGACUUAAAGAGCUACAAUUUAGAAUUAGCUAUAGAAGAAGUGACAAAGAAAAGCUUGAAAUUUGAAGACAUAAAGAAAUACCCCAAGUACACGAUAACAAGUACUGUAAUGUGUGCAGGAAAUAGAAGAUCAGAAAUGGCACAAGUAAAACACUUGAAAGGACUUAGCUGGAGUGUAGGUGCUGUUAGUAAUGCUACAUGGACUGGUGCAAGAUUGUAUGAUAUAUUGAAAGAUUUAGGAAUUAAUGAGGAUAAUUACAAUCACGUACAGUUUGAAGGAUAUGAUUUAGAUCCUUCUGGUACUCCAUAUGGGGCAAGUGUACCUAUUAGUAAAGCUAUGGAUCCUAGAGCAGAUAUUAUUUUAGCUUAUGAAAUGAAUGGGCAACCAAUACCAAGAGAUCAUGGUUUCCCAAUUAGAGUAAUCGUACCAGGUGUCGCAGGCGCUAGGAAUGUGAAAUGGCUUGCCAAAAUAAUUGUCUCCAAAGAAGAAAGCCCGUCACAAUGGCAACAAGGUGAUUACAAGUGUUUCUCUCCUAAUACUGAUUGGGAUACUGUAGAUUUUUCCAAGGCACCUGCCAUACAAGAAAUGCCUGUGAUUUCUGCAAUUUGCAAACCAGAACAAUCCGAAAUAAUCAAAGUAAUAGAUGGAAAAAUAAAUGUGAAAGGAUAUGCUUGGUCGGGAGGAGGACGAAAAAUCAUCCGAGUUGACAUAACAAAUGAUCGAGGUAAAACUUGGCACGUAGCUGAUUUAAUUGCUGAAGACAAUAAUGCUAAAGAGGGUCGAUACUGGAGUUGGACGUUGUGGAGUAUAGAUCUUCCAGUUAAAAAAGGAAGUAAAGAAAUAGAAAUUUGGGCAAAAGCUGUAGACGCAUCAUAUAAUGUUCAACCAGAAAAUGUUGAAAACAUAUGGAAUUUACGAGGUUUCCUUUGUAACGCAUAUCACCGAGUUAAAGUUAAAUUGGAAUAUUAAAAUUUAUAAUAGGAAUUGAAUAUAAUAUACUUUCUCAUUCAAUAAAAAUUAAUAACAUCUUCUUACUAAA